UCAGUAAACAACACUUUAGUAAACUGCUUUGAAAUAAAAUAUAUUUUGAAACGUUCUUUUUUCUUUUGGCUAGCAUCUGUACUGUAUAAGUUUCCAGUUUUUGUUACCCAUAAGCUCUAUUUGCAUUGAGUAAUACUGUGCAUCUGUGGUAGAGAUUAUAUGAAAUGCAAUAAAAUGCUUUCAAAGUUACUGAAGUUUUUUGUUGAAUGUCAGAGUAAUUUAUACAGCAUUCUAAUUGGAAUUUUAUCCUUUUCAGGUGUUGGAAAAGGUAUUUGCAUUUAAAAAAGACUUUGAUUAUUUCCUGAUGAGGGAAGCAGAUGCCCUGCUGGAUGCAGGAAAGGGACCUUAUCAUCAGGAAAGAGAGCCAGAAGAGGAGGAUGAGGUUAUAGCAUGGCCUCUGAAUCUUCUACCUCCUGGUCUAUGGUCCGAACGAGAGGCAUCCCUUUUCCAACCACCUUCUCCACCUCCAAUUACACCACCUUGCCCACCUAAGGGCAAUAGGAAGAAGCGGAAGAGGACAGAGUCUCCUGUCCCAAUGCCUCAAGGCAAGAAAAAGAAUAGCAGGAUUUACUCCACACCAUCCACCUCCUCAUAUCCUGGUCCAUCAUUCGGUGGAGAAUCAAGCGAAAUACCUUUUUGGCAUCCCCCCGAACAAAGUGAUGUGAUGAGGUUUUUGUUUGGGGACCAUUUGGCAUCCCUGUGUGAGGAGCGCCCGGAGCAUCAUACACCCCCUUGUCCCCCCCUCGCUACACCACUGCCAUCAUUCCCUUCCGAA